UUAAUGAUAAUAUUAUGAGACUUUAUUUUGGUUUAUUCAUUAUGUGUUAUGCCAAUAUCUACGUUAUUUCUCAAAAUAUAGUACGUAAUGUUUCAAAUAUUUUCAAGCCACACAUGUUAAAUGGACAUUAUAUUGAAUGGCCAAAUAAAAAGACGGAAGCCGAUUAUUUACAUGACAAACGCUGUAUACCAAAAAAUAUCAUUUUUACUAGGUUUCAAAUUUGUGGAAACCAAGUGAUUUUGGUUUCACCACGUUACAAGGAAGGUGUGCCAUUCACAUUGAGUCAAUUAAUGCUCUACGAUAAAGACGAAUGCUACAACUAUGUGCGACCGUUCCCUAACUUAGAGAAAAAUGUUGGUGACGACAAUAAAUCCAUUAUAAAUGCCAUAGACAUAUACAUGGGUCAAAAUGGUAUAGUUUGGGUAUUGGAUAUAGGAAUUAUAAAUACCUUAGACGAAGUCACUAAGACAGAAUCCGAUGCAAAAAUAUUGGGGAUUGACUAUGGAGAUGGACGUAUAGUACAUAGCAUACCACUUAGACCGUUAAUUUGUCGCACACGCAGUCGACUACAAUACUUAGUUGUUGAAUAUGAUAAUGUAAGCAGUAAUAAACCAAUAAUUUAUAUCGGAGACGGAGGUACUCGUUCAAUUAUUGUGUGGAACGUUCAAGUUAACGAAGGCUACAGAGUAAAAUUGCCAUAUUCUGCGACUUCAACUUGUAUAGAUUUUUCUACCGAAGAUGUGUUUUACCUAGUCUUGAUUGAAAAUUUUAGUUCUAAUUACCUAUAUUUCACAUAUUUGUCAAGCACGAAUAUGUUUAAGGUGCGCACCAAAGACUUACAAAAACGGAUCAAUCCGAAAUGUAUAAUUGACGUAGGACGGAAACCUUGCAAAAUGGUAGUUUUAGGAGCAGCAUAUGGAUCAGUAAUGUAUUUUCGAAUAAAAGGAAUUAACCAUUUAUACAGCUGGGACACAAAAGAAAGUUUUUUAGAAGAAAACAUGAAAGUGGUAAAGAAAAGUGUAGAUUGUCGUACAAUAACACAUAUAGACGUUGACAAUGACGGCGUUCUGUGGAAGUUAGAGAGUAAUCAUGAAGAUUAUAUAGUUAACAUGGUAGGGUGUUAUGGUGCAAGCAUAAUGCUCUCACCUAUAGUUGGAAAAUCCGUACCUCCACAGUUGGAUCAAAAUUAAAUGGCCGAGUAAUAUUGCACUACAUAAAAGUACGGCAUUUAAAAUAACUACAGCUA